AUGAAUGCGUUAAAAAAAUGGCGGCUAAAGAUCGAAUUGUUAGUUGAGGAUUCCACUGUUUUGCUUCUGAAGGGCAUGUUAUACGUUGUAUCAGAGAUUAAAGAGGAUCAAUUCAGCUAAGACGUACCAGGAAAAACUAUGUUUUUACUCUAUUAUGGUUUAAAACUACAGAUUCUUAAAGAAAGUCUGGCGCUUCCGCUUAAGUUGGCUCGUCCAAUGAAGUGUCAAAACAACAUAGUGUUAACUAAUUAGGAGUACAGGAAAAAACGCAUAUUAAAGUAAUUCAAAAGAAGUUAAGAAAAUGGAGGAAGGAGUUGUAAAAGAAGAUAAACAAGGAUCGCAAAACAGCUGCCCUUUAAAUCCAGAAUCACCUCACCAGAUAAAGCAGAGUGGAGCUGCCUUAACAUCUUCAAGAAUUAAUCAACUGCAAGAACAGCACUUCAUUGUCAAGUCUAAGGAACCUGGAAAGUUUUACUGUAAAGUUUGCAAUGUGACAUUUGAUAGUCUAAGUGAAGAGAAAGUAAAACAGCAUAUUGGUGGAAAAUCACAUAAGAAAAAUGUCAAGAGCAAGGGAAUUCAAGUAACAAUGAAAAGCAUUGCAAACCCAACAUCAUGCCAAGUUCAAGCAUUGGAGUUCAUGUUGCAGUCUGUUGUUCAGAAGUAUGCAUUAACUCCUGAAGUUGACCUACCUUUGAGAACACAAAUUUCACAAGAAUUGACAGCAUUUAUACUAUCUAAAAUUCCAGGAUGUAAACUCAGUGUAUUUGGUUCAUCAUUAACAUGUUUUGGAUUCAAGUCUAGUGACAUUAACUUGGAUCUCACACUUCCUUCUGACAAGAUUACUGUUCCUCAAGCUCUUAUUUCAAUUAAAGAACUCCUUUUGGAAAAUGAUAAAUUUAUUGAAGUUAAAGAUGAGUUUGAUCUUAGUAUUCCACACGUCUUUUUCAUUCAUAAGCAAUCAGGACUUGCCUGCCGUCUUUGCUGUGGUAGUGGAUUGGCUUGUAGAACAUCAAUAUUAUUGAAGCAUUACUCAGCCAUUAAUCCAAUUGUGCACCCUCUUGUGGUGGGUUUUAGGUACUGGGCACAGUGUUGUAGUAUUGACAGCAAAGAUGGUGGAUUAGCACCUUACUGCCUAGCUCUAAUGGUCAUACAGUUUCUUCAAAACACAACUCCUCCUGUUCUACCAAUGAUCAGCAUUGAACAGUUUCAACAUGGAGAAGUACCAAAAUUCCAUUCUAAAAAUGCAUCAACUUUGGGAUUACUGUGGUUCAGUCUUUUUAGGUAUUAUUGUUUGAAUUUUCAACUGGAUGAGUCAGUUAUUUCAGUAAAAGUCAAGCAGCCUUACAGCAGAGAAGAAAGGAGAUGGGGACAUCGACGUUUUGCAAUUGAAGAUCCAUAUAUUACAAACCAUAAUGUGUCAACAGUGGGCAGUGAUCGAGUCUUUGAGUAUAUAAUAAAUUGUCUGAACACAUCAUUCAUUUACUAUGGAUCAAUUCCAAAGAAAAACAAAAAAGGUUCUGGUGGGAGUGAUGAUGAUGGUAUCAACUUAGACCAAGGAUUACAGUUAGCUGAACCCAUAUCAAGUACUUCUGAUGGUGAUGACAUAUUUCAGAUGGAUGACCUUGAUGGAGAGACUCUCACAGAUAAGAUGCAAAAUCUUAGCGUGGUAAAUAAAGGAGUCAAGAUAGAGUAUCAAUUUAAAACAGAGAUACUGUCUGGGGGUAAAAGACCUGAAGUACAGUGUCAAUGCUGUAAAAAAGAUGGUCAUAUUACAGCUAAAUGCCCUGACCUUAAGAAACCAGUCCUAAAACCAUUGCCAUCAUUACCUACCAGCUACCUUGAUAUAGUGUCAAGAAUUUGUGCUCAGACAAGAGGUGAGGUUGCAUUUGCUCCACAAGAGGUCAAGUUCAGGGAAUCUGUAUUAUGGAAUCUAGAGGACUAUAUUCAAGAAGUGUUUCCAGAUGCCAGACUACAUCUGUUUGGUUCAUCAAUGAAUGGUUUUGGAUUUAAAGACAGUGAUCUUGAUAUCUGUAUGACUAUUGAGGGUAAAAAUAAAGAUGACCUUGACUGUAUCAGUAUCAUCAAAGACUUGGCUAAAAAACUCAAGCAACACCGGGACUGUUCCAAUGUUUUUGCAAUAACUACAGCAAAGGUGCCCAUUGUCAAGUUCUAUCUUCGAAGUGUUAAGAAGGAAGCAGAUAUAAGUCUGUACAAUGUUCUUGCACUAGAAAACACCAAGAUGUUGGCAACGUAUGCUAAGAUUGAUGAUAGGGUAUCAGUAUUGGGAUACACUUUGAAACUCUUUGCGAAGUUGUGUGAAAUUGGUGAUGCUUCUAAAGGGAGUUUGUCUUCAUAUGCCUAUAUAUUGAUGCUUCUGCAUUAUUUACAAAAAUGCUACGUCAUUCCCAUUUUACAAGAACUGUAUGAAGGCGAAACAAAGCCAUCGAAGAUUAUUGACAGUUGGAAUUGUUGGUUCUUUGAUGACCUGGUUAACCUGUCUAAGGUAUGGACAGCUAAGAACAAUGAAAGUAUUGGUAGUCUGUGGAUAGGAUUUUUGCGAUACUACACCGAGACAUUUGACUGGGAGCAUGAUGUAGUUUGCUGCAGAAGAACAAAAAAACUCACCAAAUUUGAGAAAAUGUGGACACGACACGUCUUUGCUAUUGAAGAUCCUUUUAAUCUGGACCAUAACCUUGGUGCAGGCAUAUCACGUAAGAUGGCAAAUUUCAUCAAGACUGCAUUAAUGCGAGGUCGUCAACGUUUUGGCAUACCCCCUCGCAUGCCUCUAGGGAUGCCUUUCUUACAUUACUUCUUCAACGUGGAUUUCUUAACUGACGGUUUAGAAGCACCUAGUGAUAGAACAUGCCGUGUAUGUGGGCACAUUGGACACAUUGCAAGAGAAUGCCCUCGCCUGAAGAAGAAUCGUAAAGACGAAAAAGUGGACAAUGGCGAGAGAUCCAAGCUGAGCAAUCGACCAUUUUCUGUACCCAAUUUUACUCCAAGAAAACGAGCGACUACAGCGCCUGCUCACAUGCGUGAUCGAUCUACUCCACCAGUAGUAACACAAGAUACUGCUCAAGAUAAAUCAUCUUCUCACCAGAAAAACACCAUUGAAUUGGUAUCAAACAGUCCUCCAAAACUACAAACACCACCCCGACCACCACACGCAUAUGGGUACGUACCUCUUGCAUCGCCAGAUCAAUUCAUGGCCAAACCUGUGAUGAUGCAUUCCGCUUAUCCUGGAACAAGCAUAGCUUGGCCAUCAUCACCUCCUACCGAACAUUCUGGUACAAGACAACGGAGUGUGUCUGAGAGUCAUAGUCCUCCAGUUAUCAUACCUUUGGGAAGUCCUCCUAACGUAUAUAGAAGAGAUAUUCCCCUUUACCCGCAUCAGUUGGGAUCAUCGCAUCAUAUUGCAUCGCUGCACCAGGUCGGCUCACCAAAUUAUCCAUCAUCUCCUCACAGCACAAGCCACCAUACGACACAACCUGCAACAUCGAUACUCCAUUCUGGCUCACCGCAUAAUAUACAAACACCGCAACAUGUGAUUGGAUCACCUCACCAUCCAGGAUCGCAACAUGCUACAUCACCACCAAUGUAUGCAUCUUCAUUGCCUUCUAAACUGCAACAGCUGCAUUCUUCACAGAAAUCAAGCUUCAUUCAUAACCAACACAUGACAGCUGAUGAGUUUUUCAAAAUGGUUCGAGAAGUCGAAAGCCAAGAAGUAGGUUUAGUUAAGCCACUGGAACUCAAUGCCAGCAAAAUUCCUGCUGAAGCUGUCCCAAGUCACCCUGUCGUCAAGCCGAUCCUGAGCUCACCGAAAACCGACGAAGAGCAUAAACUCCUGUCCAACCUGGACAAGGUUCGUUCGUUGUGGGCAGGUGAUGCACAAUGUAAACCAGUAGAUAGCAAUCAGUCCACUUCAGGUUCGUGUGUUCUUGAAAACGUCACCUCCCUUGACAAUAAAGAUGGGCUUUUAGGAAAUUCACCAGAAACUGCUCUUAAAAACAAGAAUACGACACGACAAGAUAUUCUAGAACCAGCGCUAUUCGAUGUUAAAUCAUUUCAGAAAUCGCUUCCUGUGGACGACAAGAAGGAAAAUGCACAACGUGAAGAUAAUCAUGAUGACAAAAAAGAUGGUCGUUCAGGGAAUCAACAAGAAACGUCUCUCAAAAACAAGAAUACGACACGACAAGAUAUUCUAGAACCAGAGCUAUUCGAUCUUAAAUCAUAUCAGAAAGCGUUCCCUUUGGACGACAAGAAGGAAAAUGCACAACAUAAAGAUAAACAGGUUCAGAAAAACUCCAAAAGUGCUAAACGAGACACCCAAACCCUGGGUAAAACUGACCAGUCCGAGGGUGAGGUCGAGGGACAUGACGGUAGUCCAACCAAGAAGCCAAAACAUGAAAUACUUGACAAAAUUAACCACACGCUUGAUGAAACGCCAACAAAGGACGAAAGUGGUCAAAGAUCUGAUAAAAAGAAUCGUCAAAGACAAAGAAUGAAUGCAAAACGACGAUCACAAAGAAAGAAAACUCCGGAACCAUCAGAACCAGUUGAUUCUUUACAGCAAUCUUCUGUUGGAAGUAAAGAUAAUGCAGCCAUUACACCCACAAAAACGGACAAAAAAAACUGUAAAUCAGAAAAGCAAGGCGUGGUUCUUAAAGAUGGUGAAACAGUAUGUAAAUUCCAACAGAAACCACACGCAAAGAAUACAAAAAGAAAAGAGGAAGGAGAACAUGAUAUGAAGACCGUCGCCAAAACCCCACCCAAGACAGACAGACACGACCCGAAAGAGCAAAACGUAUUAAGUGAAUAUAGAGGAGACUCUCUAAAAUCUCCGUCCAAGGCAAAUAAAAAGAAUCCGAAAGGAAAAGAGCAAAUCGUGGUAAGGGAAGGUGCUGGAGCUAUCCCAAAAUCUUGGCCAAAGACAGAUAAACAGAACUCUAAAGAAAAAACCGCGACUGCUGAAGACAGUAGAGCUGUCACAAAACCUGCAUCCAAGGCAGUCCAAGGAAAGGAUAUUAAAGGAAAAGAACAAAACGUAAGUGAAGAUAGUAUGGCUGACUCAAAAUCUCCGCCUCAGAGACAGAGACCUAAAGGAAAAGAACAUGACAUGGUCAGCGAAGAUAGCGGAGCUAUUUCAGGAUCUCAUUCAAAGGGAGAUAGAAAGAAUUCUAAAGGAAAAGAACAAACCCACGCCACAAACACCUCCGCAAACGAAGAUGUGAAGUAUGGUAACAAAAGAAGAAAUAAGAGUCGCAAUCAUCGAGGAAGGGGAAGAGGAAAAGCUGGUACUAUGGAUUAUGAGUCAUCAGAUAAGAGUUUUACAGAUAAGAAGAGUUCACUUGAUGGUCCAACCUGAUCAGGAGUACUCUUUACAUUUUAAUAUCAGCAUACAAUUAUUAUUCACAACAACUUGCGCACCGUGACAAAAACGUGUGAUAACUACAGUGAAAUGUCAUUUUUAACAUAAUCUUGUAAAUCUGUGGAAUAUCAACUGAGCGUUAGUAGAAGCUAGCACACUAUUAUAAUAACUGAAACAAAUAAACGUGUCAAUAUUCAACCAGA